CUGGUGAAACCAGCAGAAUGAGCAAAUUACAGUAGAUUCGGUUAUGAUUAAAGACUGAGAAAACAGAGCACCAAAGACCAAUCACGCUGACUGACCACAAUAUGCCGACUGCUACAACACGGCCGGAUAAAGAACAGAGUGUUUUCACCUGUAUCAGUGAUGAACACUGCAACAGAGAAAGACAAGAGACCUCUGUGAAGCUUCCCCUGUCCAGAAAGCUGUGUUAUGCAGUGGGUUUUUCUCUACAGAUCUUUCUGUUAGAUGUAGUGCAGAUGGAGGUUUUUUCAGUAUUUUUGAUUCUGUUCAUCAGUCAUGCCUGGGAUGCCGUGACUGAUCCCGUUGUUGGGUAUCUAGUGAGCAGGAGUAGCUGGACCCAAAUCGGCAGGCUCCUUCCAUGGGCUGUGCUGUCAAUGCCAUUGGCCAUUCUCGCUUACAUCUUCCUGUUCAGUGUGCCCUGGUAUCUAGCCAUCAGGUGUCUUUUUGAGACCUUUAUGAGUUGCUACAGUGUUCCAUACACAUCCCUCAACAUGUUUCUGGGAGGAGAUCAACAAGACAGAGACUCUGCCACAGCUUACAGAAUGAGUGUGGAGGCGUUUGCUAUGCUGAUGGCGGCUGUGAUUCAGGGUCAGGUGCUGUGGGUGUAUAACAAAGACAGAGAUCAAGCCUGUCUGAACGUGAACCAAACACCAGAUCUCCCACACAGCGCUGCGCUGCAUGAAACUAGAAGUGCCUUUAUGAUAUCAGCACUGGUCAUGAGCGCUCUCUUCUUUGUUUGCUGUGUGGUGCUGUUCCUGGGGGUCAAAGAGCAAAGAGGGCCUCUCAGUGGUUAGAGUCACAUGCACACUACAUACCUGAAUGCUGUGAAGAAGCUGAUUGGCCAUGUGUCAUACCAGCGUCUGGUCCUCGGCUUCCUCUUCUCCACUUUAGCUUUUCAGAUGUCUUUGGGGAACUUCACACUGUUUUGCACUCACGUUGCUGGCUUAGGAGCUCAGGGGCCUUUCCAGUAUCUCAUGUUAGCUAUACUGGUGUCCGCUACCAUAUCAGUGCCAAUGUGGCAGAUGACGCUGGUGAGGCUGGGCAAGAAAACUGCACUUUUUAUAGGUCUACCUCUCCUCAUUCCAGCUCUAGUGGUCCUAGGUUCCAUGCCAGAGAACUUUCCGGUGUACAUGGUUAUGUGUGUUUUGGCUGGAUCUAGUUUAGCGGCACUGUUCUUGUUACCAUGAUCAAUGCUGCCAGAUGUAGUGGAUGAGUUCACUGUUCAGAACCCGUUCUGCAGAGGCCUGGAGCCCCUGUUUUUUUCCUGCUCAAGGUUUUGCAACAAGCUUGGAGGAGGUCUGUCAGCUGGCAUCUCCACUGUGAGUCAGCACUCGCUCUCUCUAAAUAUGCCUGAUUUACACUUCACACGAUAUAAAGCAGGUGCAUGUAGUCAUGCAGAUUGAGUUGUCUUGGCCUUGCAAUUGCUUUUGGCCCCCAUCCCAAUCGCCUUUUUGCUGGUGGGUUUAGUGUUUUUCUAUCUGUACCCAAUUAAUGAAGUACGACGGAAGCAGAUUCAACAAGCUCUCAGAAACACAAGGUAAGGUAUACGAGUGUCAGCCAAUGUCUAAAUCUUAUAUGAUUUAUGAAUGUUAUUAAUAAUGUAUUCUGUAUUUUCUUUUGCCUUUUUAGGUCU